UCCAGCACUGUUUCUCCGUGUGGCCAUGGAGUCUCCAGACACUGGUGGAUUGUCAGAAGCUUAUUUCCAAGCUCCUCCACCCUAUGGAGAGACCUUUUUUGGCAUGCCUGCUGGAAGAAACUCGGACGGACGGCUCACCAUUGAUUUCAUUGGUAUAUGUCUUGAUUUGCCUUAUCUCAGCACAUAUCUGGAUUCACCGGGCUACAACUUCACCCAUGGUGCAAACUUUGCAGUCUCAGCAUCCACAAUUAUACCACAAGACAAAGGUCUAACAGAGGGUGGAUUCAGUCCUUUCUACCUAGAUGUGCAAUCCUGGCAGUUCAUGUAAUUCAAAUCCUGAUCACAAAUGCUUAGGGAAAACUUAGGUGGAGUGCUUGUGGAUUUAAUGCCCAAAGAGGAGUACUUUUCCAAAGCUUUAUACACGUUGGAUAUUGGUCAGAAUGAUCUCGGGGCAGGGUUCUUCGGUAGCAAGUCUAUAGAGGAAGUCAAUGCAUCUGUCCCUUUCAUGAUAAACAGAUUUUCGAAUACUAUUAAGAAUUUAUACAGUUUGGGAGCUAGAGCAUUUUGGAUCCACAAUACAGGGCCAAUUGGUUGUCUUCCAUACAUUUUGGUCAAUCUGCCUAGCGAUGCAGCAGCUCAAAUGGACAAUGCCGGCUGUGCAAAAUCUUACAAUAAUGCGGCUCAUUAUUUAAAUCAGAAACUAAAGCAUGCUGUUGUUCAAUUGAGAAACAACCUUCCAUUAGCUGCAAUCACUUAUGUAGACGUUUAUUCAGUCGAGUAUUCCCUCUUCAGCCACCCAAAGAAGCAUGGUCGAUUUGAGCAUCCGCUGGUUCCCUGCUGCGGCUAUGGGGGCAAGUACAACUGCAGCAGCAGCGUUGGCUGUGGAGGAUUUGCUGUGAAUGGCACCCAACUGCCAGUUGGUUCGUGUGACCGCCCCUCGGUUCGAGUAAAUUGGGAUGGAAUUCACUCUACAGAGGUGGCAAACAAAAUUUUUGAUCAAAUCUCCAUUGGAGCCUUCUCAAACCCACAACUUCCAUUAAAAAUGGCAUGCCACCAGGGUUCAAAGGAAUAA